AUGUAUUUAAAGUCUCCGUCUAUGUCUGCCUGCAUAUCUAUUUGUUUCAAUGUUUUUGUAGAUCAGAAACGGAGGACUUAUGAUGAUGAUGACGAUGACGAUGAUAGUGUUGCUGAUGCUGCUAAUGAUGAUGCUGAUGAUGCUGAUGAUGCUGAUGUUGAUGAUGAUGAUGAUGAUGAUGAUGAUGAUGAGUCGACAGCCAAGCAGGCCGAAAGUAUACAUUUCACUGUAGUUAUUGUUGCAGAAAAAAACUUCUUUUCUGCUAUGUAUAUAGUGUUCUGGACAGAUUGA